AGACCGAGAAGCCGGUUUGUUUAUAUCCGGGAACUUUCGGUUAUUUCUCCCUUCCCACUUCCGCCUCCGGUUGCCCCUUCCAAGAUGGCGACCAUAACAGAGUUGAAAGCAGGUAAAGGGAAGCGGGAAUAUUCUUUUUCCUUUGUCCUGGUUCGAGGAGGGGGGGGCACUUGUUUUAAACUUAUUUUUCACUGGGUGUGUGUGCCCUCCCCCAGCUCUGCUCCUAAGCCUUUAAGAGCUUAGGAAGUUCACCUGGUGCAGCUGCUAUUCUGUUGUGGGGUUCUGCACCUGUUGCCUGGCUGCCUGUCAUGGACUUGAUGGGGAUACGUUUUAUCAUGCCAACAAGGAAGCAUAUUUAAUUCUGUCUGCUUUACAAAAAGACGACGAUCUCAUUCUUCUUUGUUAAUUUGCAUUUUUUUAAAUGUCCAGCAUUUCUAAUGAAACUUAGCUUCUAUCCAAUGCAGCUUAUGAGAACUAAAGGCUUAGCUAUUGUCAGUUGUUCUCUUUUUUUUGGGGGGGGAUGUGUUUGUUUGUUUGUCUGUUUUCGCCCUUGGAACAGCUACAGCUGGGUUUCUAGUUAAUAGAAAAGCUGCCUGGUUUUGUACUCACUAGUUUUAACAGACACGCUGGAGAAGAGAGGUACGCUGGGACAGAUCAAAGCAAGGAUCAGAGCUGAAGUUUUCAACGCGCUGGAUGACCAAAGCGAACCACGGCCAUCGUUGUCCCAUGAGAACCUUUUAAUCAACGAACUGAUCCGUGAAUACUUGGAGUUCAACAAAUACAAAUAUGCUUCAUCUGUUCUAACAGCAGGUGAGCCUUUUUCCUAUUUCCUUUUCUCUGUUGCAUGCAUACUGUCCAAUAAAUAAUGAAUAUGGAAAUGGAAAUCACAGAAGUUACAGUCCUACAGAAAUGUGUCUCUGGGUGGAUGGAGAUUUGUGGCUGGUGAACAGUGAUUUGUUUGCGAGCUAUGCGUGAUGGGGCUUACUAAAAUAGCUAGGUACAUACAAUUCCUGCAUUGCAGGGGGUUGGACUAGAUGACUCUUGGGGUCCCUUUUAACUUUUACAAUUCUAUGAUUCUGUGAAUCCGAGUUCAGAAAGGAUUGGGAAGACUUAAUGUUCACAUGUUCUGUUUUUCAGAGUCUGGCCAGCCUGAAGUUCCAUUGGACAGAGAAUUUCUUGUUAAUGAAUUAAAUAUAGUUGAAGAUCCAAACAGCAGAUCAGUGUAAGAUGACAUAGUCCAUAUCUUCUCGUUCUAUAAACGCCCUCUGGAUUUUGAAUGCCUUAAGUGUUGAUAUAUGAUGAAUACAUUCUUAACCAUAUAUGUGCAGGACGACACAUAUAAUGUUUUCCUUACACUUCAGGAGCUCUAUGGUAAAUUGCUAAAGCUAUAAUCUUAUACAUACUUACCUAGGAAUAAAGUCCUGUGGAGUUCAAUAAGCCUACUUCUGAGUAGAUAAGAUUAUGCUGUAAGUGUGCCUCCAAAGAGUGCUUACAAAGAAGUCAGUUUCCUUGGACCCAGACGGCCUUGCUUCUGAGUUACAGUGGUACCUCUGGUUACGUACUUAAUUCUUUCUGGAGGUCUGUUCUUAACCUGAAACUGUUCUUAACCUGAAGCACCGCUUUAUCUAAUUGGGCUUCCGGCUGCUGCUGCGCAGCCGCCUUGCGAUUUUGUUCACAUCCUGAAGCAAAGUUCUUAACCUGAGGUACUAUUUCUGGGUUAGUGGAGUCUGUAACCUGAAGCUUAUGUAACCCGAGGUACCACUGUAUGAUCAUAUGCAAUUGUUUGUUCUUUGCUGAAAAUCUGCAAGCAUAGUCCAGCAAAGAUUCCCCCUGUGCAAGUUCCAUUGAAGUAAAUGGGAGUGGCUAAAAAUCCUUUGCCCCUUGUUUCUUCAGCUCUCUCUACUCAACAUUUCCCUCCCAUUUUUUAACAGGCCACUUCUGUAUGGAAUUAUAAACCAGCUGUUACAUGGUAAUGAAGAAAAGGUCUGCAAUACAUUCCCUAGAGCACCUUCGUUACAAGUUUCGAACCAACCAACGAAAGGAGUCAAAUGGGUAUGGUUUGGUUAGGGUGUGUGGGAGUGUAUAUAAUGCAGGAGUGUUUAACCUAUGGUCCUCCAAAUGUUGUUGGACUACAACUCCCAUAAUCCCUGGGCUGUGCCAGCAAAGUCUGAUUGGAGUUGGAACACCAAAAAAAUUCUGAACCACAGGUUUGCCACCCCUGAGAGGGGCUUGCAAAUAAACUUUACUUUCAAGGGAAAGAGAAGUUACUGUUCUGACACUGGCAUACAUUGUCAUUGGCACUGAGACAUAACCAAACAUAAAACCUGGCCACCUUGGGGUCUACUUCCUCCUGCAUUAAGAUGGAGAAUCUGAUGCUCUCCAGAUGUUGUUGGAUUUUAACUCCUAUCAGCCCCAGCCAGCAAAGGACAAUGGGAGUUGUAGUCCAGCAAUGCAUGGAGGGACAUAAACGCCCCGGUCCUACAUGAAUUGCCAUGUUGUUAAGAUUGGCUUUGGAGGUUCAGAACUGGGUCCCAUCAUUGUUGGAGUCAAUGUUGAUGGCAGCUGGAGAGAGCUUUCAUUGCUGUGCCUUCUGGGCUUUGCAACUUCCUCCCUCGCGUGGUUUGCCUGGUGCCGACUUUAUUAUCUUUUAAGUGCAUUCUGGAUUUCUUCUCUUACUUUGCCUUUUAACCUGUGCAGGUUGCUGUUGUGUCUUACUGCUGUAGUUACUUGUUUUGUUUAUAUUGGAAACUGUUCUGAGAAUCUGUAUUGAAGAAUGGCAUAUUAUUGAUUGGGAUGUUUGGGUAACAUUGGUCACAGAGGAGAUCUGCUACGCGGUUCACCCAAAUUAGUAUUGCAAGAGCUGUUGGCAGCGUGAUUCUAUACUCAAAGUGAGUCCUCCUGAAUUCAGUGGGACUUGUUUUCAAGUAAGUGUGCACAGGAUUGCAGAAGCAAAGGCACAAGACUUGCUUUUAUCCUGUCAGGAAACAGUGGAUGAGAGGUGCCAUUCACUGGAAAGAUAACUUGCAUAAGCCUAGCUUAAAUGAGCAGGAGUUGUGGAAGAGCAUAGUAUGACUCUUCUGCAACUUGGAAGCAAUUUUCCAAGCAGGUUUUUGGCCUCCAUACAGGAAAACUGGUUGGCCAGUGAUGUGAUCUGUAGGUUCAGCUCAUCCCAAGUAGAUCUCAUAAGAAAAUAUGAUUACUGUGAACAAUCCACUCAAGAGCUGGCAUUACUUACAUUUCUCCCUGCCACAUGGCCGUCCAUGUUGAAAUGCAACACAACAUCUUUGUUUUAAUUCUCAGGCGCUGCUGCGGAGCCAGGAUUCAUAGCCGGCCCAAAGCUUGAAGAUAUGUUGAGUUCACGGGGCCUAAACAGAUGAAAUAAACCAUCACGUGUCUUUAAUGCAGAGCAGGUGUUUAUUUGUUACUGUGCAAAGUUCUCAAGAUUGUUUGGUAAAAUGGGUAAGGACUACAGUAUUUUGUAGAUGUGACAUUUCUAAUAAUCUUUGUGCUGUGUUUUCCUCUACUGUUCUAGUCCAAGGUAUGUUGUUGGUAAAAGGAGGGAUAUAUUAGUGUGGAAAUGUAAGAAACUGUGACAGUUUUACAGCAUCAAUCUUCUCUUGGAGGGUCAGAAUCCAUUUAUUUUCGUGGUAUGAUAAAUGGUAAAUAAAGGGGGGGGGAGCAGGUUUGGGCUAUUGGUGGGUCCGGGAUCUAAAAAUUAAAAGCAUCCAGUGUUUCAGCUCAGUGUCAUACUGAAUUCUAUUUUUGGUUCUUUGUAAAUGAAUAAAAGAUUUGUUGCUGUUGUUUA